AGCUUCAUCACGCAUGUGCUUGUUCGGCGUAGGUGAAGUGGCCCAGAGAUAAUAAUUAGCUCUACUCUUGACCACAUUGGUCUCGUCUUUCCGUAGUGCCCGGAACCCUCCCGUGGAUUGGGGGUUGUCUGGAAUUCCGGAUCCAACUAUAUAAACCAUGGUAAAGGGAUUGAAGUUUUCUCAUCGAACGAAAUCACCCCCUCGUUCGAAACAUCCAACAUGUACUUCUCUCUCGCUUUUGUCCUUUUUGGCUUCGCGCUCGUUAGCCCUGUCUUGUCAGAGAUUUGCGAAGGGCAGGUCACCCUCAGCGAGUCUUAUAUUGGCGCAGACAAGAACGUCAAGGUCGAGACUGUCGACGUAGUAUCUCGCCAAGCUCCUAGUGUUACGAAUGUCUGUGGAGGACAAUGCAACACGUUCUGUUUCACUCCCCCUGGGGGUAGCCCGGAUCCUAAUGACUGCCAUGUAAUUGCUAAUGCACUUCGCUAUGAAAGUGAAAACACUGGGAACCUCCUCGAUCUUGCUAACGAUUCUAAUGGCAACACUGUCGUCAUGGUUUAUAACAGCUGUGAAUCCUUCUUCGGCAAUGAAAUGUAUGGGGUCAUAGAGUACUGUCGUGAUGAUUGGGCAUCUGUCAUUGACUGGAUGGCUCCGAACUGCCAGUCUACCCCGGGUGGAGAUUGCUUCGCGAGCGACGGAAAGUGGCAUAUCCAGAUCCAGCAUUCUUAAAAUAGUCAGCCAUCUGACCGUGUGGGAUGGAAGUAACUAUACAAGGACAGCGAUGUUUUCUUGUUAAAUGAAAGAAUUGCAUG